AUGCGCGCCUUGACACCUGCAGAAGUGUCAAACGCUCGCCGGCUCCGUUUCUUGAAGGAGCAAAAGCUGCAGAACAGGACUCGCGCCGGAGGAUCUGCGAAGGCAGACCCUCCUGCCGGGCCACCGGCAGAGAAGUGCAUGCAAGAGCCGGCGUCGUCGGCCUCCGCCGGCGCAACGAGCCCUGAAGGAUCGCCGAAGGCCGACCCUCCUGCUGGGCAAUGUGCGCAAGCGGGCACGCAAGGUGGGAAGCGGCGACCUUCAGGCCCAAACACGCAAGGUGCUGGCAAGCGCCCGGACCCAGAGGCUCGGGAGUCUGCCAGCAAGAGGAGAAUGUUGGCUUUGAACUCCGUGCUCACGCCCCAGCAAAACUCGAGGAGUAAUGCCUUUGACGACAUGACGCUGACAUUCGAUGAAGGGGGCACGAAGCAGGUGUGCUCCCUGCUCUUGCGAAUGACCUCACCAGUCUGGGACCGCAUGCUGGCAUCGGGCAUGAAGGAGGCGUGCCAAGGGACCGUGACGGUAGGCGCAUCGAAGGAAGAUUUCGAUGCAUUCUACGGCAUGCUGCUGCCCGGCGCAAGCAGAGUGAUGGAGCACGAGUCCGAAAUCGACGGGGUACUUGCUCUCAGUGAGUAUUAUCAGGUGGAUUUCGUCAAAGAAGCGUGCGAGACGAAGCUCUUACAGCUGCCGACCAGUGUCGAGCGUCUCCUGCAGGCAGAGAAGUAUGGGCUCGCGCAGCAGUACGAACGAUGCAUCAAAGCUGCGGCCACGACUUACACGGAAGAGCAGCUGAAGCAACUUCGUCGUUGCUCGCCAGAUGCGCUGGAACGGGUGGCCGUGGCCAUGCGGAACCUGCUUUCUCGCCGCGACAGGGCGAAUCAAGGAGGUGCGAGGUCGCCCGUGGUGCCAGUGCGACGAUCAGCCAGGCUUGCAGCACAAAAGAAGGUGAUGCCCGAGGACAUCGACUGA